UUUCUUUUGUAUUGCUCCCCUUUUUGGCGGGUGCAGAUAAUAAAGUGGUGCUUGCCGCCGCAGUUCCUACAUCUUUUGGUCGAUGUACACUGGCCUAUUUUAUGUCCUUCGCGUAAACAAUUCAAACACCUGCGUUGAGCCUGCAAGCGGGUUUUGCGGCUUUCGGGUGUUUGGAAUUUGCGGCAAACUGAAGGGAGGUGAUCUCCAGUACAAAGUGAGCAUUGGCCGACAUUCCUUUCAAUGGCUGUGAAUGUGCGGGUAAAGUUGGAUGAUGGCGAAUGUGCUGGCCGGUGACUCUUUGAUUGGCGAGUCGGCUGACUAUAUUCCCUUUGAAUGGACGGGACUCUCAAUCUCUUUGUGCAAAUUUCCACUUCCUCUCUUAUUGCUACUUGUUCUAAAAGGAAAUUCCUAAGUUCCUUAUGUGUCCAUUCUCCGGCUGGUGAACUUCGUUCCCUCUCUAUUAUUUUUUCAAUAAGAGUGGAAGGAAGUUUGGCCUUAAUUGUGGUGACUAGUAGGGACGCGUCUUCUUUUGUGCUGAAAUUGCAUUCUAAUUGUCUGCAAAUUCUUUCUAUGUUAUCGCAAAAGGUGCGAAGCGAAUCAGCGGUGUCCUUUGUUGGUGGUAAUUGAAGAAGCUCUGAUUGGAGAGUUUCUCUGAGGUUCCGGGUACUACCAUAUCUUCCUUUUAAACAUUCCACUAUAAUCGGGUAAUUUUCGGCAAUUCUCGGGUAUCCUUGGAUGGUCGAUUCCGCUGAUCCCAUGAGUGAAUUGCAUAAAUGGUGGAUUUUGAGCGCGUC